AAAUAUUAAUGUCUGGGUGGAUCUUGGACUCCUGCGCACAAACCCCACCCCUUCACCACAGAUGUGCCAAUCAAACAACCACUUGAUUGAUAUCUACAGUGCACCAAUGAGCAUUCACCUAGUUUAUCAUCGACCUCAGAUACUCCGAUACCUGUUUACUCAUUAUAACUGGAAUAGAAGCGGAUUCACUCUCUGAUCAGAUUUGAGCGGCUUCCCAAUCAAAUGCAUCACACAGCCAAGAUGGUUAAAAAAGGGAUGGUGCUUAUUGUCGUGCUGGGUGUGACCAGCAUUUCUGUGUUCUGGAGAAUAAACAUGACGCCGCCAUGUGCUUGUGACAGGUGUUUAUCUGAAGAUGAUCCCUGGUUCAUGCAGCGUUUCAACAAAUCUGUUGAACCAUUUCUGUCAGCAAACUACAAACUGUCAGAGGACGCUUUCAACUGGUGGAAGCGGUUACAGGCUGAACGACGCAGCUUCAGUACCUACAGAAGAACAGUGGACAGGCUGUUCCAGAUGUUCCCACCCAGUCCAGUUGUUAUAGAACCCAGACCUGACCGCUGCAGAACUUGUGCUGUGGUGGGGAACUCUGGGAAUCUGAGGGGAUCACAUUAUGGACCACUCAUAGAUUUCCAUGAAUUCGUCAUACGAAUUAACCGUGGUCGUAUACAAGGCUAUGAAGCGGAUGUUGGGAGCAGAAUAACUCAUCGGGUCAUGUAUCCAGAGAGCGCUGUGCAUUUAGAUAACACCACCUAUCUAGUGAUGGCUCCAUUUAAGACACGGGAUUUUGAGUGGAUCAUGAAGGCCAUCACCAUUGGACCCUCUGGAAAGCCAAGAAUCAGGGCUAACAAGAAUUUGGCGAUGUUCAUGAACCCAGCUUUCAUGAGGUAUGUUCAUGACAUGUGGCUGCAAAAGAAGGCCGGGUAUCCAUCCACUGGCUUCCUUGCUCUGGUUCUUGCCCUGCACAUUUGUGACGAGGUCCAUGUGUUUGGUUUUGGAGCAGACAGUGAUGGGAACUGGAGCCAUUACUGGGAAAAACUCAGAUACAAGAACUUAAAAACUGGAGGACAUCCUGAGGGACUUGAGUAUAAGGUCAUCCAGGAGCUAGAUAUGCGACGAAAACUCACGUUUUAUGCAGGGUGGUGAUCUUUCUAUCAGCAUUCAAAGUAUUCAAGCCAAGAAGCAUCGGCCUUACACAUCUCUUCUGGGACUGACUCCCUUUGCUGCAAACAUUAACCCUUCAUAGAUUAAAACUGUGAGUGGUGAAUCAUCCAGAUCUAUGGAGAGGGAAUAAACUACAUGUGUACACAUGACACACUAUAAAAUUAUAUCAAAGAUGUAUAUUUAUAUGUAUAUACUCUAUAGAUAGAUAGCCAACAGACUACCGAAUACAGAAUACACAUGUGCCUCUAUGAUUGUGACACAAUACUAUUCUAUUAACUGAAAGUUAUGGAUACAAAUCUGUACCAGAAUCUCUUCUUGUUUACAUGGAAUAAAAAUGUUGGGGUGGUGAA